GCCACAGUGACGCUGUCUGCAUCGACAUUUUCUGGCUCACAGUGAAAAAGUUGUAAACAAGUAGUGGGAAAUUGGUUUGUGGGCACUGUUCCGUUCGCUGUAAGAAACCUUGUGUUUGAGAAAAGCAAAGGAAGAAAAAAGAAAAACAGGGCGGAAAAUGGCGUCCAACGUGAGAGACUCAGAUACGUCACUUUGGCUUCAUAAUAAACUUGGUAUCAGCACUGAUUCCUGGGCAGGCGGCUCAAUUUGUUCCCAACUCAAUCCCGAAGUUUUGAAGAACAUUCAAGAAUGCUUUGUCGAGCUGCAAACACAAGUCAAACUCAAAUUUCUACUAUCAUUCUUCCAGUUCUCAAGGAGGAACUUAGAAGAGUGGAAGACAGAGUUGGAAGAAAUUUUGGAAGUGGCUGUUGUUGAUGGUGAUCCGUGGGUAGCCAUGGUUGCUGAAAUCCUCAAAACAUACCCAGCCACCGGAGCCCUCAACAUGGAAAUUGGCUCUGCCACCGAUGAAUACACAAGAAAAAUCUUCAACGAUCUUGCAAAUGAUUUGAGAAAACUUGUGAAAAAGCAUGGAGAAACUGGAAUGCUUCCUUUAGAAUGCCCCUAUUUGAAUAAAACAGCACUGUUCACUGUUGUCGGCCAGCAGUCCCACCCCAUCAAACAUUUCACAUUAAAGAGGAAACCCAAGUCAGCGGCGCUGCGUGCCGAGCUUUUGCAGAAAUCCACCGACGCCCAAAAUAACUUGAAAAAGAAUCCUGCUCCUACGGUACCACUGCGCUCACGAGGAAUUCCAAGGAAGAUGACGGACACGACACCAUUGAAAGGCAUUCCUAGCCGGCACAUUGGAGGAUUCGCUUCGCCACUUUCGCGCGUUGGGACGACGCCCACAAGUGUCGGUGCUCUAGGAUCUUCUCCGUCCGCUGGUCCCAACCGUCCGUCUCCUCGCACGUUAGCUGGCAGAAAAGAUGGCGGUAUCAAAUUGCUGGACAUCAAUGAGCAGCCGAUCGGAUUUGCUCAGGCGAAGAAAAGAAAACGACAACAAGAACUGGAAGCUGCCCAAAAAGCAGCCACCGAAACGACGGCUACCUCUACAAAUCCGGCACAACCGCUUUCGGGCGAAGAAUCAGAGACGGGCAGUGUCCCCGAAACUCCCGAAAAACCUACUCCAACGCCCGACUAUGCAGCUGGCCUUCUUCCGAGCAACCCGCCUCCAACCCCGGCCGCCCCUGUCACUCCACUUGCCUCCACUUCUAUCCCACCUCUUACGCCGUUGAAAGAGCCGCCUAGAAUGGUAGCCGUCCGUCCGCCUACUACUCCUUCAAUCAGUUCUCUACCUCCAGCUUCUCCUGCCCCACCUGCCCAAGUGGUACGCCUUGUCACAGCUCAAACGGCGGCUGCGACACCUGCUGUUGCUACUACGGUGCCCACCGUUUAUCGGUUGGUUCAACCAGCUGCUGCUGCUGGGCAGCCUGUCGCAGUGGCGGCAGCAACUCCCAAUCAACCGGCCGCUCCACCCAAAAAGAGUGUGGCACUCAUGCUCACUCGCGAGCAAAUGCAAGAAGCUCAAGAAAUGUUCAAGAACGCCAACAAAGUCACACGACCGGAGAAAGCCCUUAUCCUCGGAUUCAUGGCAGGCUCUCGGGAAAAUCCUUGUCCACAUCUGGGAAACAUCGUCACCAUCAAGUUGAGCGAGGAUGAGGAGGUUGUGACGGCUACCGACGGUGUCACCACCACCAGGGUCGUCGAGACGCAUUUCCAGAUGAACUAUGCAGCCGGCGAAUGGAAACGCAUCAAGAAAAUGAGGAAAACGGAAGAAACUCCGGCGUCGGUCGCCACCGUCAUGGCCACAGCGACGGGCUGAAUAGGAAACGAAUCUGGUUGCAGUAGAGAGAGAGAGAGAGGGACUUGAAAAUUCUGUGUAAAUAGCAGCAGGAUGGAUGUUACAAGACAGAGGCGAGGAGAAAUGAGUGCGGAUGAGAAAGUAAGCCCUUCCCUCUAUCCCCUACCCACCGCGUUGUUCCGACUGUGGGGCACGGGAUUUAUUUUGUUUUGAUAUAUUUCGGUGCCAAAGUCGAUUCAACUUGUCCCUUCUUUCCAGUUCUGUUUUGCACAUUACUAUUCCUUUCCCUGUUUUUCUUCAUUCCUAUCGAUUCGACUUGACUUUCAGUCCUUAUCCUCUCCGUGUCGCCCGCAUCUCACAAACCAAGCUGAAGCCUUAGAGGCGGCAUACUGUUCAGUAUCUCAGCAUUUGAAAAUUGUUCAUUUUUUUUCUUUCUUUCAAAGUACAGUUUUCUUGUAGUUCUCAUACACACAGAUCCAUGCAUAA